GUGACGUCCGAUUGUUAACUGUUCUGCCAAGAUAGCGGGACUAGGCCUACUUGAGCACAUUUCUUUGCGGCAUUUUUUAGCUUUCCAAGUGGUGCGUGAGCGUCUGGUAGGCUAGGCUGUAAGGUAGGUUAACAUAAAUGUAGGUAUAUUUUUAUUCUUUGUUACUAAUUUAUUAAAAGGUCUGUGCCACGGCCACAAUUGUUAAUCUGUAGUCUAUUUAGCCAUCUCAAAAUAUGUUUUCCCACAUUAGGCUUGCCUUCUGGGAGUCAGCAUUUUCUCUGCAUUUAGCCCACAAUGACAAUAUAGAUAAUCAGUAAUGCAAAUAUUUUAAAAUGUAAAUAAUCUUUAAUCCAGGUCAUUUAGUACACUGUUUAAAAGAAAAAAGAUUCUCUAGAUUUAGAGUCGAGGUCCAUCAUGACUACGGAGGUGAAUGGUGUGUGUGGCCAGGCACACUUUGUAGGGAAGCGGAAUGAUCUUGUCCAGGCGAAGCGUUCGGUCAGGACAGUGGACGGCAGAGAACUCAUCAUCAUAUACCACCCAGACACCUUCUACGCACUGGACCUCCACUGCUAUCAUGCGGGAAGCAAACUGGAGCUGGGCGACAUCGAGGAGAUUGACAAGAAGCUGUGCAUCAUUUGCCCCAAGCACAAGUACAAGAUCACACUGGCAGAGGGAGAGGGCCUCUACAGGGCUGCUGACCCACGCCAGGAGAAGCGUAUCUACAAGUGGUACUCCAAGGGCAUCAAGCAGAGGGUCCACAAAGUGACCGAGGAUGGCGGGGAUGUCUUUGUGACCCUGUCGGACACCACGUGCUAUAUCGAGUCUGACUACUAUUACACCGAAAAGGGCAGGAAGGAUAGGGAAUUGGUGGAUGACAACAAGGGGAUAGACACCAGUGAAGACGACGAGGACUGCUGAUGUCCAUGAGAGUGACCACUCUAGACAGAUCACCUUUCACCCAUGCAAGAGGCUCUUUUUUUGCCUCCAUAGACUCCAUAGUUCCUACAUAAAGCAGCAAGUGCACAUACUUGGGACUUCACACAGGAAUUACUAAUUGGUCAGGUCUAGCUCUUUUCAGGUUUACUAGAUUACUGCAUAGCACAGCCAUUCUUUACGGUGUAACAAAACUAUAUAACAUAUAGAACAUAUGUAGUCAUUCUCCUCUCAUAUGGCAUUGUAAUAAAAUACAUUUAAAAGUCCAGCAAUACUUUGUACAAAAAUAUUAGUUGAAACAAAUAAAGAGAAAUGCAUACAUUAGUCCAUUAGCAGCAUCUGGGAGAGAGGAAAUAAUUGAUUCUUUAUGCUUGUGGUGGAUCAAGGCAGGCUUUAGGGACUCAUGAAAUUAGCAUCGUAAAACCAUCCUCAUUCUUCUCAUUCUGAAAGCAAACCACUGUGUCUUCAGAAUAAUCACAAUGUAAUUAAUAAUGAUAAAGUUUAAUUACACCUGUAUAUUUUUCAGGAGAUUUACCGGUAAUUACAAAUGACAUUUUCCUUCUAAAAUGAAUUAAUGUUUUUAUUUACUUAAUUUUAAUACUGUGUAUAAAAACAACAAAUUCGGCCACGCUAGGCUUUGAAUUAAGAAGGUGAGGGAAAGGGUAUUCGUUAGAAGCUGCCAUGGCCCAUGAGCAUGAUUAUGCCCUCAUGUAGAUAGCCCUCUGUAGGCUAUUAUAAACAGACUUAUGAAAUGUUAAAAGAGACCCAGAAUCCCCUGGGUUUAUGUAAUUAUGAACAGUGCACAUAUUUGUCUGACAUAUUUCCCAUAGCUGGCUACUACGUCCAAUUAUCUCAGUGGAGUGGGCCUGGAAGAGAGCCUUGUAUUUUGCUGAUGUCAACGGAAAUAGUCAGUGAGUGCCAAUACAGUUGCUUUCCACUUGCAGUCUAGCACCAUGGGUAAACACAGUAAAAGUACAAGUCAACAUGGACUAACAUUACAGGAACAUUCCCUUUAUCACAAAAGUACCGGUACUUACAUUACAGGAACAUUCCUUUAUCAAAAAAGAAAGAAUAGGGCAGCUGGUUAAUAAUUAAUGUUAAUUUGCAUCAGUGGUUAAGAAGGUUUCUACAAAUUAAUUUGAAUCAUACCCUAGAGGACAGGCUCUAGACUCUCAAAGGGCAUGUUGACAUUUUAUUUGACGUCACGCUCAAACAACUCUAUGCUUCCUUCCCAGGAUGAGCUGGAUUAGGGCUGACGGCUCGUACAUGUUUUACCUGUUAAGGGGUUAGUUGGUGACGGCGGGCCGGCCGCGAUCCUCUCUAUUUCUGGCUCCUCUGCACCAUGGCGUCCCUCACCGCCACGCUCGGGUUCGAGGGCCAGAGCCGAGACGGAUUGCGUGCCAAUGGGGAGGGUCUCUGUGGUGACUGUGGCCCAGCAGUCCUGGCGUAGCUGGGUGGGCAGGCCUGCAGAGCGCGUCUGAUCCUCCGCCUUUCACUCUGCUGCAGAGGCAAAUGUCAGAUCAUUGCUUUGGUCACUGCCCUCACGCCCCCAUUGUAAUAUGCCUUAUGUCUGCCAUAUGCCUUAUGCCAGCAUGCCACCACAUGGCAGACAAUACUCCAGAAUAAAAAUUGGAAAAUACUUAA